AUGGAAUACGCACGUGCUCACGUGCAUUUCGGAGCAUCCCAAGGUGAUAUCCUGAAAGAGGCCAUCUUAACCUUCCAGAUGAAUUUCGGGCUGAGCCAGACCGGCGAACUCAACGACGAGACCAUGUUGAAGAUACUCAUCCCCCGGUGCGGCGUCUCCGACAUCAUCGACGGCGUCAACAGCAUGAUACUCCUCAGCCGCAAAUGUAAUAAGACGGAAGCAGAGUUUCCGUCUUAUUAUGAAUUCUUCAGGGGGAGGCCGAGGUGGCCUUACACCCGCCUCUCCUACUCCUACAUCAGCGGCUUCCCGGAGAGGGCCAAGCCCUUCAUGGAGGCGGCCUUUGCGCAGUGGGCCAACGUGUCGGUUUUCACCUUCUACGAGAACCUAGGCUUCUUCGAGAGUGACAUCGUGAUCGGGUUUUUCAGGGGAGCCCAUGGCGAUGGGAAGCCGUUCGACGGGCCGAGGGGGGUGCUGGCACACGCUUUCAAGCCGGAUGAUGGGCGUCUCCACUUCGACGCGGACGAGAAAUGGUCGUUAAAGAAGAGUUAUGUUGACGGGAUUCACUUUGAAACGGUGGCGACGCACGAGCUUGGGCAUAUACUUGGGCUGGGUCACAGCGACGAAAUUGAAGCUCUCAUGUAUCCCACUAUUUCAACGGGCCAGGUUAAGAAGUUACAUGUCGAUGACAUCUAUGGAAUUUCUGUACUCUACCCUCCUCCCUUUUAA